GAGCGUCCCCGACCAGCAUUCUACGGACAGUGCACAGAGUAUCAGAAGAACCCGGUGACGGGGAAGCCAGAGCCGUUCUUCCCCCGUAAGGAACAGCGAAAAAGGAAGGUGGUCACGACUGGAGCACUACUCAUUGCGAUCUCUCUGAUUUGUUUCGUGGUGUUUGUCGUGGUCAUCACAAGAACAAUUUGCGUGAUCCUCAUCCACCGCCUGGAGAAUGACUACAUUGCCCACUUCCGAUCGGAGGAGUUGAUGGCAAAUAUGAUCGGAACAAUCGUCCAAUUGCUCGGCAUGCUUGUGGUUACUACGAUGUGGAGGAAACUGGCAGUCCCUCUGACAGAGUGGGAGGCGAACAGGACCCAGACUGAGUUCGAGUCCUCGCUGGCCAUGAAGAUCAGUGUGAUCGCAUUCCUGGAACUCUACUUGCCCAUCCUGUACAUCGCAUUUGUCAAAGGAAAGGGCGUGGGUGGUCCUGGGUUCUACAUGCGGGUGUUCGGAGUGAGACUGGAAAAGUGUCCCAAUAGCGACUGUCUCUGGGAGAUGGCAACUCAACUCAUCGUCUUCUUCGCCUGCAAACAAUGGCUGCAGAACAUCAAGGAGAUCGCCGUCCCACUGAUCAAAAUCUACAUCUACAAAUUCUCGAAGCAGAAAAAUAAAGAAAACAAAAGCGAGAAAAUAGAGCGCAAGAAACAUGACAUGAGGGAGCAGAUCAAGCUCGAGAUCAUGACUGAGUCGAAUCCAAAGCCGACAGACAACGAGACUCCUGCAGAGGCAGCCCAAAACGAGACUCCUGCAAAGGUGACACAGCACGAGAAACAAGUAGAGGUGGAUCAGAACGAGACUCCUGCAGAAACGAACGGAAACGAUACUCCUGAGGAGGCGGAUGAAACCAUCAUCCAAGUGGAGGACAACCCCAUUCACGAGAGUAGGGGCUACUUCAAUCCGGAUAACAUUCAGGAUUUGGAUAUUGACGUGGAGCAGGUGUUGUUGGAGGAGGACAAGACGAAGCCCAUCUGGGAGAGGGACUAUCAGUUGGCACUCAAUCCAGGGGUGACGGCCGAGUAUUUGGAACUGAUGGUGCAGUUUGGCUUCAUCACCAUGUUCGCCUGUGCCUUCCCCAUCGGACCCCUCCUGGCUCUGCUGAACAACAUCCUCGAGAUCAGAAGUGACGCCUGGAAGUUCACUGCCCUCCUCAGACGCCCAGUGGCAGAGAGAGCCAAGAACAUAGGAAUCUGGUUCGAAAUGCUCUUCGUGCUUUCGCGGUUGUGCGUCAUCACAAACGCCUAUUUGAUCUGCUUUACCUCACACUACCUGGACAGACAUCUGUACUCUUACAUACACGGGCAUCAAGGAAGUCUGGACGGGUACUAUGAUUUCCUGGUCAUACCGGCACCCCAAUCAUACCUGGAAUCACACGAACCGUGCAACUAUGAGGGUUACUACGACGAGCAUGGCCACAGGACUGACUACUUCUGGAAAUUGAUGGCCAUGAAACUCAUAUGCAUGAUCAUAUUUGAGCAUAAAAUCUUCUUGGUGGGAAUAGUACUGGAGGCAGUGAUUCCAGACAUUUCCGAGGAUGUGGAGCUGCAGAUGAAGAGAGAGGACUUCCUGGAGCGGGAAAUAUUCGGAACCGAGAACCCAGACGUACAAAAAAUGGACUCAACUGCUUCCUUGUACAAGGACAAGGUACGGAAGACCAGCACCAAGACGAAAUGAGGCGGAAAACUUACUGUUUCAUCAAAUAAUUUUCGAGCUAAAUCUAUGUGCAAUCUCAUCACAUUAAUUGGACUGUUUUAUUUUGGUCAAGGGUUUUUUGAUUUCUAUUCAAUUCAAAAUAAAUUUUC